AUGAAAGAUGCCGAUAUUGGACUUGGAUGGAUCCAUCAAGAGGUCAAGAACGAUAAAACACUGAUUGAUCCAGAUAAUCGAGAUAUUGUUCAUCAUUUAGUGUUGUCAGAAUGUAAGCCUACAGCUGUAUUCGAUGAUAACAGUUUACCACAUGGUAUAUGUGAUGAAAUUACUGAAAGUAUUUUUCCAUGCUUUUCAAGUAUCGCUAGUAUAUGGGUGGUUGAUGAUGAAAUAGUAGAAUAUUCAGAGAUUGGUGGAUAUCCAAUAGGUGGCGAUUUUGAGAUAAAAUAUUAUAUGUUUCACAUGCAUUAUGAUAAUCUUGAUAAUUCAGGUGUCAGAUUUUAUCUUAAAAAAGAACUGCGUCAAUAUGAAUUUGGUUAUCUUACACUUGGUGUAGAUAAAACUCCUUUUGCUAUUGCUAUUCCACCAAAAGCUGAUCGAUUUAUAUUCGAUUCUUAUUAUCCAGCUGAACCAACACAAGGCGAUGAAUUGGCUACUCGAUGUAUUUAUAGUACAGCAAACAAAAUUGAUAUAACUUUAGUAAAAUAA